AUGGGUAACAAACAGAGUUCCACAAGACGUGAAAGUCAGCUUGAACGCUCCAAUUUUGCAUCGUCCGUCAAUCCAACGCUUCCGCAAGAAGCUAUUGUCGCACUUACUGGCUGUUUAAACAGAUUGCCUCUUGUCCUAAACAAAGGUGUUCGAGAAGAAGUGAUCAAACGAGUAGAACUGAUAGAAACUGGUGAAGCUCCAGAAAUUGUUCUAAGUAAAGGUCAAGAGCCGCCUGGAAUAUAUGUGUUGGUGUCAGGAAAUGUGACUGUUUUUAGUGAAAACAAGAAAUUUUCCCUGAGGGAAAUUCAAGUCGGUGACUGCUUUGGUGAAGUUUCGGCACUGUUUAAUAUGAAUUGCACUGCUGAUGUGUGGUCAUCUGACAGGUGUGUGUUGCUGCUUCUAAAGACCUCUGAUGCCCGUCAGCUUUUAACAUUUCCCAGUGAGGUGACUCUAUUACAGUGGUUUCAACAGAGGAGAUACCUUGAUACCAGUAAGCUGUUUGAUAACCAACAACUGUCAAGAGAAAUUGCUGUAGAUAUAUUGCAAAAGUCUCCUAUACUUCAUGGCUGGGGAAAAGAAUCUCUGAAAGCUGUAGUUAAAACUGUCAAACCAGGUUGGUGA